UUCAUAACUUGCUGUUGGUUACCAAAUUCAUCAUGGUUGUCUGCUGGAUGUACAUUAGUAAAAGGCUACUGUUAGUCUGGUUCUUCUUUCUUUGUGCCUAUGGACGACCUUCAGGACCGUAUUUCAUGGUGACGUUUCCUGCAGUGAUAGAGUCUGGAUCUGAGGCUACACUGUGUACAAGUCUUCUGAAGCCUAAUGAGACUCUGCAAAUGACCAUUUAUCUGGUUCAUGACAACCAGAACAGAACACUUCUACAGGAGACAGUGGAGGAAGAAUUUCGCCGCUGCUCUAAGUUUAAGGCUCCACAGGUUGAGGGUGAAUCAGUGCAGGAGAUCAGAGUAGAUGUUAAAGGUGAAAGUUUUGAGAUGACGGAGAAAAGAAGAGUUAUGUUUAAAUCCUACAAACCACUGACAUUCAUUCAGACUGAUAAACCAAUCUACAACCCCGGCCAAACAGUGAAUUUCAGAGUUGUCACUAUGGAUUUGAAUUUUGUCCCCCUUAAACUAGAGUACAGCCUAUUGACUCUUGAGGACAAUAAUGGUAACAGGAUCGGUCAGUGGACGAAUGUGUCCUCAACAGGCCUCAUAGUGCAGCUUUCUCACGAACUGAAUCCUGAGGCUCCUGAGGGCCUGUAUAUACUGGAGGCUUACAUUGGGGAUAGAGAGACCAGACAUUACUUUAAGGUGAAGAAGUACGUUUUACCCAGGUUUGAGGUUACAGUGAAAGCACCAAAACAGCACAGUGUUGGAGAGGAACUGAAGAUAGAGCUUUGUGCAAAGUACACUUAUGGACACCCAGUACCUGGUAAAGCACUAGUGCAAGUGUGCCGGGCAUUUUUCACAUAUAGUGAGGAGCAUGCCUCAUUGAUCUCACCAUGCCUGGAUAACACGGUACAGAUGAAUGAGACUGGCUGUGCCUCUGCUGUCUUCAACAUGUCAGCUUUCACUAAUCCUGAAUUUCAACAUAUUUUUAAAGAUAAUCUUGAUGCUACUAUUACAGUGACAGAGGAAGGAAUGGAAAUUUCCAUGGUAAAAACUGAAGAGAUACAACUCAUUUACGAAAUUGGUAAAACUGUGUUUGUUGAUGUACCACACAACUUUGAACGUAACACAGUUAUAAAGGGAGCGAUCAAAGUUACAAGCUUUAGUGGAAGACUGAUUCCUAACAAAAAAGUAUAUCUUUUGGAAGGUCCACUUUGGUCUGCAAAGCUUCUUCAGAAUCUUACAACAGAUAUGAAUGGACUGGCUAACUUCACAAUUAAUGCACCUGAUCACCCUCAUACACAGAUUUUACUAGAGGCAAGUGUCUAUCCAGACGGCCGAUAUGAUGAAUACACGCCUUUCUUUUCAACUGAUGAUGUUAAUAUACAUCUCCUCCAUCCUGCACCUACAAUAUUCAGUCCACCUAACAGUCCAAUUUCCCCUUCACCGGAGAGUGAUUUAUCAAUAGGGCGCUUAAAGGAACCUAUUCCAUGUGGUACUGAAAUUACCCUAAAUAUUACAUACUAUAUUGUUGGAGAAACCACUGAGAAUUACAGUACUGAUAUUAUAUACACAGUCAUGUCUAAAGGAGCCAUAGUCCAUCAUGGAUAUGAGAAAGUUGAAGUGAAAGAAUCCAAAAAGUUCAUAGAGGGAAAAGUCUCAUUCAGACUGUCUGUUGAUGUUGGUCUGGCUCCUGUAGUGCAGGUUCUGGUGUACUGUGUGCUGCCCAGUGAGAAGAUCAUCACUGCUAGCAAGAAUUUUAAUGUGGAGAAAUGCUUCAGAAACAAGGUCUCACUGCAGUUCUCUCCCACUGAGGCAGUUCCUGGUGAGGAAAACACUCUCCAGCUCUCAGCUGAUCCUGGUUCACUGUGUGGACUCAGUGCUGUGGAUCAGAGUGUGUUCAUCAUGGAACCAGGGAAGCGCCUGAAUGCUGACCAGGUCUUUAAUCUGUUGCCAGUGUCAUCAGUGUCACAUUAUCCUUACAGCGUUGUAGAUAGGCAGGAGUGCUUGCAUGUUCGAACUCGACGCUAUUUAUGGCCAGACUAUGUUUAUACUACCAUACAGAGAGUAGGUCUGAAGAUGGUGACUAACCUGGCUAUUAGACCACCUCAGUGUUUGAUGUACAAAGGCAUGCAGUACAUUCGCACUGAUAGUUACGAUUAUGACCCAUUGGUUGGUUCCUCUUGGCUUUCUGAUUCCACUGAAACGAUUCGCAAAUUCUUUCCAGAAACUUGGAUAUGGCAGCUUGUUGAAGUGGGAGACUCUGGAUCAGCACAGGUUCCUGUCACUGUUCCUGAUACUAUCACCACUUGGGAGACAGAUGCUUUCUGUCUGUCCUCUAAAGGUCUGGGAGUGGCUCCUCCUGCUAAGCUUCGUGUCUUCCAGCCUUUCUUCCUGGAGCUCUCCCUGCCCUACUCCAUCAUCCGAGGAGAGGAGUUUGAGCUGAAGGCCACUGUCUUCAGCUAUCUCUCCAAGUGCAUUAUGGUUAAAGUGACUCCAGCUCCUUCCUCACUCUACACUCUGAAAGCCUCCUCUGAUGGAGAGUAUUCAUCCUGUCUGUGUGCCAAUGGUAGAAAGACCUUCAAAUGGACUCUUGUUCCCUCUGUGCUUGGGGUCCUGAAUGUGACGGUCAGUGCUGAGGCAGAACAGUCACAGACUGUGUGUGACAAUGAGAUUGUGAGUGUGCUUGAGAGAGGCCGCAUUGACACAGUCACACGCAGUCUGCUUGUACAGGCUGAAGGAAUUGAAAAGACCCAGAGCCAGAGUUGGUUGCUGUGUCCACAGGAAAACAGUGUCUCAGAAGAGAUGGAGCUGGGUCUUCCUGAAGAUGUGAUAAAGGGAUCAACAAGAGCUUCUGUUUCAGUGCUUGGAGACAUACUGGGCCGUGCACUAAAGAACAUUGAUGGACUGCUGAAGAUGCCAUAUGGCUGUGGAGAACAAAACAUUGCUCUCCUUGCCCCCAACAUCUACAUUCUUCAGUACCUGGAGAACACUGGACAGCUCAUUGCAGCCAUCCGUGAGAGAGCUACUGGUUUCCUUAAGAGCGGAUAUCAGAGGCAACUUAACUACAAGCAUGAUGAUGGUGCAUACAGCACAUUUGGAACAGGAGAUGGAAAUACAUGGUUAACUGCUUUUGUUCUGAAGACUUUUGGAAAAGCACAGCGUUACAUCUUUAUUGAUCCACAAAACAUUGACAGUGCAAAGAAUUGGCUGCUAAGUAAUCAGGGACCAGAUGGCUGCUUUAUUAGACAGGGAAGACUGUUCAACAACAGGAUGAAGGGUGGUGUAAAAGAUGAUGUGACCAUGACUGCUUACAUCACUGCAUCGUUGAUUGAACUGGGCCAUACAGUGAAGGAUCCUAUUGUGAGUAAAGGGUUGCUUUGUUUGAAGUCCUCUAUUGGUAACCUAACGAACACCUACACCACUGCACUGCUGGCCUACACUUUCAGUCUGGCUAAAGAGCAUGACACACGAGAGCACCUGCUAAAGAAAUUGGAUAGUGUAGCCAUUUCAGGAGGUGGUCCCCUUCACUGGUCUCAGUCAGCAUCAGAUGACUCCGACUCCUUGUCAGUGGAGAUCAGCUCCUAUGUUCUACUGGCUGUUCUCACUACAGCUGAAGUCACUGCUGCUGAUUUAGGCUAUGCUAACAGGAUUGUCACCUGGCUGGUGAGGCAGCAGAAUCCCUAUGGAGGCUUCUCCUCCACCCAGGACACAGUGGUGGCCCUCCAGGCUCUGGCUCUGUACUCCACCAAAGUGUUCAGCUCAGACGGCUCCAGCACAGUAACUGUGCAGUCAGCAGAUAAACAAACUCAUCACUUUGAUGUGAAUGAGGACAAUAAGUUAUUGUACCAGGAGAGACCACUGCAAGUUGUUCCAGGCAAAUACAGCAUUUUAGUAAAGGGCUCCAUCUGCGUGUCUGUGCAGAUGGCUUUUUUCUACAAUAUCCCCACACCUGCUGAAACCAGUACACUGAGCAUCAAGGCUACGACUGAGGGGCGUUGCUCAGAAUCACUUGCAAAAACUCUGUCUGUCAACUUCACAGUCACAUAUAAUGGGACAUUAAACAGCACCAAUAUGGUCAUAGUGGACAUCAAAAUCUUAUCAGGAUUUACAGCAGAUUCCAGUGCUCUGAAAUAUAUGGAACUUGUGGAGCAAGCUGAAACCAAAGAUGAUCAUAUUAUCAUGUAUAUAAAAGAGGUCCCAAGAAAUAUUCCUAUGAAUUAUGAGCUACAUCUUAAACAGGUGCUUCCGGUCAAGAACCUCAAACCAGCUGUGAUCAAAGUCUAUGAUUACUACCAAACAAGUGACCAGUCUGAGACAGAGUACUCCUCCCCCUGCGAUUGAGCUUUCAAAUCUGCAGUCUCAGAAAAAGGGCACAGGGAACACAUGGAUGUUUGUUUUGAUUGUGACUUGCAACUUUUUUCAUGUUCUUUAUCAGAAUAAAUAUAAACAGCAAUUUAAUGUUUCCAAUACAAACGCUCAGGAUUCUUAAAAAAAAUUGUUGUCAUCUUGUUAGAAUAAUUUUGGUGAAAUGUUUUCCUUUAUGAUGUAUCUGUUUUAAAUGUAACUAAAUGUAAUAAAUUAGAAAAUAUUAAGCAUUAAUAUUAAUGGUCAACUCCAAACCCCCCACAGAGCAGGUAUUAUUUGAGUGGGGGAUCAUUCUCUGUACUGCAGUGACACUGAUGUAGUGGUAACUACAUACUUGUACAGCAAGUUCUUUUUCCUGGUCUAAAGAUUCAUCACUUCAGACAAUAUCCAGGUUAACACUUUUCUGAUCUGCACUUCAUUUCUAAAUCAUAAUGUCAUCUGAAUCAUAGGUGCAAACAAUUCAUCCUGAAGGCCCUCAUUGCUGUGAGGCAACAGCGCUACCCACCACGCCACCGUGCCACUAUGGGUUAAAUGCAGAGGUCUAAUUUCACAGUGUGCAAACACAGUGACAAAUGGUUGUUCAUUCUAAUGAAUGCAUUUCAGUUUAUCGAUAACUGUGCAUUUUAGUGUUUAUAAUAUAUUUCAGCAUGGAUUAAAGUGCAUUUUAGUGUUUAUAAUAUAUUUCAGCAUGGAUUAAAGUGCAUUUUAGUGUUUGUAAUGUGUUUCAGCACAGUAAGGUCUUUUUAGCAGUUAAUUUCUGGAAUUAAAAUGAAAACAAUACCAUAAAUACUGCCACACAUAAUCUUAAACAAUAUUCAGUGUGUGGAUUGAAAUAUUUCACUAGCCCACAUAACUGCCCAAGUGUAUUUGUGUGAUAAGAGGAAUGCAGAGUCUUGUAAGCAAUAUGUGCAGUAAAAUGAUCAGUAGAAACAUUAGUGCACUCUAAUGACAUCCUAUAAAUUAUUAAUGCCGUACUUUUGCAAUGUGCCCGUCACAGUGCUGUCACUUACGAGAAAACCCUCCUCUUCUAAAUGUGUUAGUAAAACAUUUGCUCAAUGUUUGUACAUGUGAAGUAGGUAAACAAUUAAGUAAACAGUCCAAGGAUAACAUGGUGUGUUUCUGUACGUGAAAAGAAUUAGAGGGCAAUUUUUACAUUAUUGAAACUCUAAAUAUUA